GACCGCGACCUCGUACCUCCGCCCUCGAUUGCUCGCGAUAUGUUCAAAAAGUUCCAGCCCUCCACAGACGUCUCCGGCCAGGUCAGCGUGAAGACCUCGGUGCAACGCUCCAUCCGCAACAACAUCCUCAGCCAGUGGAAGAUCACCCCGGAGACCCUCGAGCAGAUCUGGCCGAAGAAGGAGUCGCUCACGCUCGUCAAGUGCAGAGAGCACAUUUCCAUCUACACUCUGCACGGCGAGCCCCUCUUUUUCCAGCACUUUGACGGGCCCGUCUUCCCCACACUCCGGCUCCUACACAAGUACCCCUUCGUCCUUCCACGGGUCAGGGUAGACCGCGGCGCGAUUCGCUUCCUUCUCGCCGGCGCGCACAUGAUGUGCCCGGGCAUGACAUCGGCGGGGGGCGAGCUCCCGCCGGCGAGCGCGGCGCUGCCCGCGAACACCCCCGUCGCGAUCCACGCCGAGGGCAAGGAGCACGCCGCUGCGAUAGGGCUCACGAAAAUGGACACCGAGGAGAUCAAACGGCUGAACAAGAACGUGGGUGUAGAAACGGUGACGUACCUCGGAGAUGACCUGUGGAAGCUGCAGCAGCUGUGAGAGUUUGAUGAUGUACCAACAGGAAUGUCGUGUCUCCCAGCCGCGCUUGCGCGCGCCUGGCUGUGUUGUAUCACCACCAUCUAAACAUGCGGACUUUCCCUCCCG